AAAUUCGUUCCUUUUUUAUUUUUAUUUUUUUCGUAAGUAUAAUAUGAUAUUUUUAUUUAUUUAUUAUCUCCUAUAUAUACGAACUUAUAAAUGAACAAUAGUAAGCAUUCAUUGUAAACCGACGUUGUUAACGGUACAUUUCCAUAUUUUAUAGUUCAAUUUUAAGUCAUACAAAAUAUUGAUAGUAAAGUAAAAUCAUUGAUGAUGAUAAUUAAAAAUGUAUUCGGUUUCUUCGUCAUUAUUAAUGCCAGUUGAUUCUCGGAUUUUCCCACUGUUACGAAAUCUGUAGUCCAUUCCGACGUCAUUUGAUGUAUGACAAGAAACAAUAAUCACUCGUAAAAUUUUAAUAAUUAGACAUAUGCGUAAUAAAAAAAAAGAUGUAAUAACAACACACAGUUUUAAGAUCUUGUAACGAGGAAAACUUAAUAAUAAUCAUGGGGAAAAUCUUGUUCGCUUCGUUGCAUAGAUUGUUCGAAUAGAUGAGUCGAAAUCAAAAUAAAAAAAAUAUAGUUAAAGAAGUUGAGAAACCAUAUAAUACGCAAAACACAUACACACACACACAGACUCAGGUAAUUUAGUCGUAAAUAUCAAUGUCAGUAGUGGGGGACAGUAGUUGACCAUGGAUACGAUUUCACUAUCAUUUCUGAUGCCAGUCGAUGCUCAGACUUCUUCGUAGACAUGUAAUUCGUUAUUUGUUUUUAAUCGUUUGACAAAAAUUCGAUAUUAAGGAUGUAUUUAUUUUUUUCCAUUGUUGUUAUCUUUUAUGUAUCUUCGUUUAGUAUUGUCGAUGCACAAAAUUUAAAAUCACGCGAUUGCAAUACACCAAAUGGAACUGUUGGAAGUUGUAUCAGUAUAAGUGAGUGUAUGUCAUUGGCAGUAAUGCUCCAAGAGAAACCUGUUCGAUCCGAAACUAUAGAAUAUUUGAAACGAUCAAAUUGUGGAUUUGAAGGUCACGAUCCUCAUGUAUGCUGUCCUACUGAAUCUAAUUUGAACAAUCCAUUUUUUACUCCGGUCAACUUCCCAUCUACAAAAGUUCAAAAUAGUACAUUGGAGAAUAUGAAUAAUAAUAAUGACCCUAUCAUCAGUUUACUUGAUAAUCCUUUACUAUCAAGAGAAUGCGGCCGUGAUUCGAUAGCUCGAAAUUUGGAAGUACGAGAUACCGCCCUUGACGAGUUUCCAUGGUUGGCUCUAUUGGAAUAUGAUGAUGGUAGCAAAACAACAUUUGCUUGUUUAGGAGUUCUUAUUACGAAACGUUACGUGCUUACAGCAGCUCAUUGCUUAUUACAUCAACGAAUUGGGAUAUUGUCAAACGUACGAUUAGGCGAGUACGAUAUUAGUUCAUCAAAGGAUUGUGUUAAACAUAAUGAUGUAGUUACAUGCUCCGAUGAUCCGAUUACAGUUAAAAUCGAGAAACAAAUACCACAUGAAUUAUACGUACGAAGAUCCGAUAAUAAUGAAUAUGAUAUCGGAUUAUUGCGAUUAUCAAGAGACAUAGUUUCGACUAAUUACAUUAAGCCUAUUUGUUUGCCUAGAUCUUCUACAGUAAAUAGAAGAUUGUAUACAGCUGGUUGGGGUGCUACUUUGACCAAUGCAUCAUCUGAUGUCAAACUUAAAGUUUCGUUACCACUCGUUGACAAAGAUGAUUGUGCUAGAAUUUAUAAAAAACCUAAUGUCACAUUUAAUUUCAAACAAAUUUGUGCUGGUGGUGAAACAGAUAAAUCUUUAUGUAGCGGUGAUGCCGGUGGACCACUUAUGGGUUUUCAAGAUUUAUCAAAUGGUGAUAGAAUAUGGACAGUAGAAGGAAUUGUGUCUUAUGGUACUGUACCUUGUGGUAUACCAGGUUGGCCUGGUAUUUAUACAAAAGUUUUCGAUUUUAUUCCAUGGAUAAUUAAUAAUAUAAGACUUUGAAAAUAUUUUUUUAUUUAUAGACAAUUAUUUAAAAU